CGCCUUCGGCUUCGGGUCGGUUCGGUCGCUCGUCUCCGUCUCCGUCUCCGCCACCGCCACCGCCGCCGCCGCUCGCCGGAGGCUCUCGCGCCCUUCCUCGAGGUUGGCAUCCCCAUCUGUGCUUCGUCCAAACAACUGUUCAUGUUUUUCCCAUUCCGGCUUGGAAGUUGAGUUGGUUCCGUACCUGGCAUGGCCACAUCAUCAGCAUAUCCUCCACCUCCUCCAUAUUACCGACUAUACAAGGAUUACGAAAAGGAUCCUUCAUCUGCACCUGAACCUCCACCGCCAGUUGAUGGACCAUAUCAACUCUUCGGUGCUACCUACACAACAGAUGUGGUGCUCCCAAGCUUAGAGGAUCAAGGUGUUCGUCAGCUUUAUCCGAAGAGCCCAGAUAUCGAUUUCAAAAAGGAGCUAAGGACCCUGAACAGAGAGCUUCAGCUCCAUAUUUUGGAGCUAGCAGAUAUUUUAGUGGAAAGACCAUCACAGUAUGCUCGUAGGGUAGAGGAUAUUUCACUCAUUUUCAAGAACUUGCACCACCUUCUUAAUUCCUUACGACCUCACCAAGCCAGAGCCACUCUGAUUCACAUGCUUGAGAACCAAAUUCAGCGUCGGAAACAAGCAAUUGAAGAUAUAAAGCAGAGGAGAGAGGAGGCACAAAAGCUACUUGGGGAAUCACUGCUAAUCUUAGAUGGAAACCAGCCGAGUUUGCCUGCAAUGUGAAGACAUGUGAUGUAUCUGCUUCCCUGCUUCCUAACGUGCCAAGUUGGCUAGCUAGAGAGUGCACUUGGCAGUUCACCUGUAGAAAUAGUCUAGUGAGUAGUGUGACCGUGGGAGAUACUUCUGGCUUUUGUGCAAACUCCUUAUUUAUUGCCUGUUUGUGUGUUGUGAUUUGUGAAACUUUAAACAUUGAACCUAUCCUGGACUGACGGUAGAAAAGCUUCAAUGUUCUCCUGUAAUGCAUACAGUUUCAUGAUGUUUAGAACCUAUAGUUCUGUUUAAUUGCUUGACAGUUCCAUUAUUA